UGUGAGUACAAAGGUGCAAUGCUGUAUGUUGUUUUUCAGGCCUAGGGACUGUGCUGACCACUUAAUUAGUGGCUCCACCACCAGCGGCGUAUACAAGAUCUACCCCUUCACGUGCACAUGCAACGGGCCCGUGAGGGUAUGGUGUGACAUGGAGACAGAUGGAGGUGGUUGGACUGUGUUCUUGAAGCGUCAGAAGCAAUUUAGACAGAUGAACUUCAACCGCACGUGGGCCGAGUACAAGGAUGGCUUCGGUGACCCCAGUAGGGAAUAUUGGCUAGGUAACGAAGCUCUGUACAAACUGAUCGCCAGCCGAGAGUACGCAAUUCGUCUGGACCUCAAAUACAAGACUGGGAUUUCUCAAUACAACACUUACUCCAUUGUCAAAGUUGCCAACGAAGCAAACAGAUACAGGGUGAGUGUCCAGGGGCCCGUGUCUGGGACAGCGUCCAGCAACUGCUUCAGUCUGAAUUCCUUCUUUACCACUUACGACAAUUAUGGCGACAUUAACACUGGAAAGUGUGCGGUAGCUAGAGGUGGCGGCUGGUGGCACCACAGCAGCUGCCGCUACGGUAACCCAACGUCACCCUACAACCAGGGCUUCAACUACACUUGCUAUUAUACCACCUCCAUGGUCACCAAGGUGCAGGUGAAGAUCAGACCUAAGGUCUGCGACACUGCCUUCAAGAGUGUCUACCUCAACUCCAAGAACUGUGGCGGCUCAAAAUAAUAAUGAUGAUUCACGAGAGUUGUUCUGAUGCACGAGUCACAGUGUGAAGCAGUGAAUGACAUUCUGAUGUACGACCACCAGCAACAAUAUGACAACUGUAACUAUCAAUGACAGUGUGACGCAUCAUGUAUGAUUACAAGCAACAGUGUGACGCAUAACCAAGAGCAACAGAAUGACACAUAACCAAGAUGCACGACUGUCUGAUACUCGAUCAUCAUUAACAGUGGGGUCGCAUUACCACAGUACGGAGGGACGAAUCAAGAAUGACCACAAACAACAGAGUGACGCAGAAGAUAGUGACGUAUACCCACAAGCAACAGUGUGACGCACAAUGACAAUCACAAAAAACAAGGUGAACCACCACGGGCAACAGUGUGGCAUACGACAACAAGAUAAAGUGUGAGGCACAGUUGUGAGAGUGUGAGGCACAGUUGUGAGAGUGUGAGGCACAGUUGUGAGAGUGUGAGGCACAGUUGUGAGAGUGUGAGGCACAGUUGUGAGAGUGUGAGGCACAGUUGUGAGAGUGUGAGGCACAAAUAGCAGUACCACCGCACCUUUUCCUACUUGUCUCAUUCUGUAUUAACUCACAAGUACCAAAUAUUUCCUAAAUAACUUCUACGCUGCAAACCAAAAAGGUGUUACACUUUUUAACUCAUGAAAGAGUCAACCAGAACAAAAAAAUAAGAUUUGUCAGGCACCACAUAACCCCCGGCUGACUUUGGUAGAAUAAUAAAAACUUUUCUUUCUAUUAUUUUUACCAUAUAUUAAAUUUGUUGUAGUUAUUUUAAGUAAAUCUGAUUAUAGUGUUUUA